GGAAGGGGUCAAGGAGCUUCGCCUUGAUGCGUGCGGCCCGUUCAAAGGCAUCACCACAGCCAUGGAGUCCAGAGUGUGGCUCAUAAGCAAAAGAAUCAACAGAGGCGUACUUUAUAUGGAGUACGAACAAUCCUCACCGGGAGCCUGAAAGUAGGUGCCUAUAUACAAGGAGUCGCAAUUUUCACACCUAGCAGCCCUGGGAGAUAAAUCUUGCUGCUUGCCCGUUUUAAGCACGGGUCGGAAAGUGUAAUUAUGAAGAGGUUGAUAUCAUAGGAAAUAGUUGCCUCCUGACUACUCCGUAUACUUGAUAGUUUUCCAUUCUAGACAGUCUCUGAUUUCACGUUGAAGGGGAAAUUUUCACUUUCCAGGUAUACUUGCAGCAUGAGAUGAAUUCCCCAAAGUCGAUCAAGCAGCCAAUACACAGGAAAUUGUAAUAGAUGAUUUGCGGCAAAUACAGCCACCAGGCAUAACGUACGUGUCAGAACAAUGCAUUCAUCGUACUCGGGAUAAAAGGUGCCAAGCUCCCAGUCAAUAAUCCCGAUAACGGUAUAGUGAUCACUGACAUUGUCCUGCUCACAAUGUUGUCUGUCCUGACACCACCAUAAGUGACACUGUUUCAUGCAGCAAACCGGAUUUAUGAUGUUCAAGAGGAGAGAGAAGAGUUUGGCGUAUGUGAUGCUGCUCUAAUGACGGUUUAGAAAUUACUAUGUAUUUCGGACUAUUGAUACAAUCCAAAUAUGGCGGGCUCAUCGAAUGUUGCCGGCUUAUCCUUACCAGCCCCGGUAGAAAACCAAGCAGUUGUCUCGCUUUCGCUGCUCUCCGGCGGCUACCUUCACCUCCCAGGAAAUCUCUUCGUCGAGGGAGCCAGUGCAGAAGAAAUUCUAGUAUGCCCUUCCAUGUCAUGGCUGAUAACGCACCGUCCAACAAACACCAAAAUAAUUUUCGACCUGGGUUUACGAAGGGACAUUCAAAACUAUACCCCAAGCGUCUAUGAACGAUUAAAAACCGUUGUCCCGGUCGUUGUCAAGGAAGACGCAUUCGACAGUCUCGCCAAAGCGGGUGUCGACCCAGCCACCGACGUUGACAUUGUGAUGUUCUCCCAUCUUCACUACGACCAUAUCGGUGACCCAUCACGGUUCGGGCCUAAAACGAAAUUCGUUAUCGGCCCUGGGGCAGGUAACCUUCUCCGUGGUCCAAAAUCCUAUCCCGAUGAUCCACACUCGCAUUUCGAUUCGAGACUGUUUCCACCAGAUCAGGUUGUUGAAUUACCCUCUCCUUCUUCGACGGCAGGUGCAAGUAAUCAGUUCUGGAAACCCCUAGGUCCAUUCUCCGCGGCUAGGGACUGCUUCGGUGACGCGUCCAUGUUUAUAAUCGACUCUCCAGGCCAUCUGACCGGCCACAUCAACCUCCUAGUUCGCGUUCAACCGGAUAAAUGGAUGUAUCUUGCCGGUGAUACUGCUCACGAUGUCCGCAUUCUGGAGGGAACCCAUAAUUUUGCCGUAUAUCCCGACCCCCAUACCGGACGUCCCAAAUGCGCGCAUGCAGAUAAAGCUGCUGCUGGAGCGCAUGUAGGACGGGUAAGAAAGCUCAAGCAUAUGGGAGAUGUAGAAGUGGUUCUCGCCCAUGAUGCAGCUUGGUUUGACGAAAACAAGCAUCGGUUCAGCGUGGCCGGGCCCUGAUAGGAUUGUUCCUAGUGAAGAAUUCAUGUCUAAGCUCUUGUCUCUUGUCUCUUGUUUUGCUGUUCGCCCUCUUGUAGCUUGAUGGACCAUAUAUGUUGUAUUAUAUAAGUGUUUUAAGAAGGCCCUGAGGCCGAAAUCGGCUAAGAAGCAAACUCAGCAAUAAUGCUUCA